AAGCAAAAAAACAACAACAAACAAACAAGCAAACUUAUACAUGAACAAGAAAAUAGGAAAAGAUAGUAUGUUAGCUCGUUGUGUACAUUAUAUACACAUAUAGGCAAGAGUUAAUAUCUAUACAUUGAAAAAGAAAUUUAGAUAUUGAAAAAUAAGUGCUCCCCAAAAUUCACCUGAGCAUAUCAUGUUUUAAAAUACCCGUACUACAAUGCAACGAUAUUCCCCGUUUAGCUGAUUUACUUUUUAAGGAACCGGAGAAAAAUAUCUUAAAAGUACAGAUUUUCAGCAUCCCUGAUUUGUAUAGUCACUGGUCUGUAAGUUUAAGAUGAUAUUCCGUAAAUAAUGUCUAAUGUGAUGUCCAAUAAUGUUGGUUUUAUGCUUUCAAAGGAAUAAUUAAACGCAAAAACUUAAAUAAUAAAAUAUUGACGAAAAACACAUUGUCUCGCUUCGUGACGUCUUCGAAUUUGAGACAAUAACUUAUUCCCUAAAGCCCAUGCCAUUUGUAACUUUCUGUAACUGACUAACAGGAGUGAAAUUGAUAUUAUAUCCAAGAACCGUUCGUACAACAAUUGUAAUGUUUGCGUGUAAAUCCUUUACAAAAGGUCUAGUUCCCCCUACUAAGGCUUGCCCUGUAUAUGGGUUUAUGUGCUUUAGAAGUACGCAGCUGUCUCUGUAGAAAUUCCUUUCUCUUUUCAUAAAAGAAUAAACUACGGGCGAGUUAAGAUUACUUAUCACCAACGUCAGGUUCGCUACGGUCAAUAAACUAAUAUAAUUAUCUAUCCUCAUUAGACAUGCUUACUGAUACUGAUACUAAUCCGACGCCGUUGGAAUUUUAUAUAGGAAAUGUUGUUGGAGUAAGAUGACUUUUUUAACAGUGUUUGCAUGCUCUUAUAUUCUUCCUAGUCGCCGUACUGUCCAGUUUGAUCCACUAACCUACUUCAGCAACGAUCCAUCCAUGCCUUCGCGUGUUCUUCUUCGGCCUUAUACUCGUUCUCAGAAGCGAGCAAGGGAUCUAGAGGGUUUUACUGUAGAACACGUGCCGGACGGAUAUGACAUAGAAGAAACAACCCAUCGAAGAAACGCUCAGAUUAUUGAGAAAGCGAUGACGGGGAAAGCUGUGUCUCGUGCACCGUUGCUGUCCGCCAUUGAGGAAGGCGGCACGAUAACGAGUCUGACCCAGAUUCUGUCCAGCGACGAUGAGGAGGAAGCUGGAGAGUCGGGCAGGAUGGAACUUAUUCCGGAGAUUUAUGAGGAACAACAGCCAGACAUGUUAGUAUGA